UUUUUUUUUUUUUUUGACUCGGUGGUUGUUCCCCGCAUCAUUCUCAAAGCGGCGGAGCAGAUUCUUCUCGUCCGAUGGGCGACAGCUGUGUACGGUGGUCCGAUCUCCCUCCUGAACUUUGGACGGUCAUCGGAAAAUACCUUGAUACCUAUAUCGAUGUCCUCAGAUGUCGCGGCGUCUGCCGAUCACUGCGUGCUUCGUUUCCUCCGUUCAACGACGUUUCUCCUGCUCUACCUCUCCACGUUCCUUCUCCUUGCAAUGACGACGCUGAUUAUCCAAUCAGAUACAGUAUACUCACACGAAAGAUAAUCUAUCGCCUCAGUCCCCUCGAUUUCCAUCAAACUAACGCGGUUUCUUCAUCUGCGGCGGCGAAGGGAUGGUUUGCCGUGGUGGAGACUACACAGAAAGGUAAACAGAAACAUAUGGUGGAGUGCGGCGGCGAGGUUUACGUGGUGGAUCGAUUCGAUGAUGUGAGUGACACUGAGACUGGUUCCAGUGAGAGCGAGAGUGGGAGUGAGAGUGAGGAAGAAGAAGAAGAAGAUGAAGAUGAAGAUGAAGAAGCAGAGGAAGAAGAAGAAGAAGAGGAAGAGGUUGAAAUCAAAGUGUAUAAAGUGGAUUUGGAUGAUGACUACCUAAGAAGAAGAUUGGAGGAGGUGGAGAAUUUAGGGAAUGAAGCGUUGUUCUUGAGGAAGAGGGAGAGCAGUUUCUCUGUUCCGGCAACAGAUUUGGAAGGAAUUCAAGGGAAUUGCAUAUAUUAUGCUCGAAGAUCAAUGAUGAUGAAGAAAGGAUUCUGAAUUCUGCAAAUCAUCCAUCCAAGAACUCAUUAGGUUUGUCCCUCGCUACUUCUUCUUCUUCUUCUUCUUGUUCUUAUUAGGGUUUAGGGGAGAAUCCAUUUUGAUUUUGAAAUUUACAAUUUGGUUGUGUUCAACAUUCAAUCUCAAAAUUCAUGCUCGUUUUUGUUUGGAAGUUUCAACAA